AUGAUCUAUGAAAGAGGCGUGGAAACCUGUCUACCCACUCUCUUGCUCUCUCUUUCUUGCUCCUUCUCUGUCAUUCAUACCCACAGCAAGCUCACACAGCAGUCAAUAUACAGAAAUCACCUGAGGAACUUUCUCUAUUUGCCUCUUGUUUUUUAUUCACAAAGACUUUCAUUCAGGUGGACCCAAGUGAUACUUCUCUUUUUUUUUUUUUUUUUUGCCUCUCUGUUCUGUUGAAGCAGUAAAGAGGAACAGGGUCUGAUUACGUUCCUGAAAGAGACUCUUUGAAGAGUCUCAUCAUCUCAGCAAUUUUUUUUAGUCCUACACCUCUUUUUUGCUUCACUACAUAGUUGUGAAGGAGAAUGUCAAGGACUCACUAUGGCGCAUGUGUUGUUUUAUGGAUUUUUUCCUUAGUGGAGUGUAAGGUUCCAGAGGUUCGUGUGACCUGCAUCUUCUCUGAGGACUGUAUUCUUCCCUGCUCUUUCACGCCCAAUGGUGAUGUGAACAUUAAGUGGUACCAGCAGGAUGUGCUCAUACUCAGUUUACAGCCGGCUGAACAGAGGCUCAGCAGUGACAACGUGCGGCUGUUCAGCGACAACGUCUCUGAGGGCAACGCAUCGCUACUUGUGAAACAAGUAGAUACGAGGAGUAAAGGACGAUACAAAUGUGUGGUCAACAAUGUGACUCAGACAUAUGUUCUGGCAACAGUGGAAGCUCCCAUCAGGACAAUCUCCAUUGACACCGAUCCCUCUGGGCUGAUUCGGUGCUCUACUAAAGACGUCUACCCAGCUCCGGUGGUGCAGUGGAGCACAGCGCCCAGUUUACCUCCUGCUGCCCUGCAGCCCAUCACCCGCAUCACUUCUGGCGGAAAGGGCCUCUUUACAGUGGAGAGCCUUCUAAAACAGCAGAACAACAGCCUUGAUCAUAUAUAUGUGUGUAACAUCACCUCCAAAUAUGGCAAGCAGACAUGGACAGCUUCAUUAAAGCUGCAAGAAAUUACCAGCUCUGAAGGGCAAGACCUGAUUAUUCCAUGUAGAGCUCCCAAGAACCUUCAGUCCUUCUCUCUCGUCUGGACUUUUACGACAGCAAACAAAACCACAGAUGUCCUCGAGUAUGACAGCAAGACCCAUAAAUCCAGCCGCUCCUGGGAUCAUGCAGAACUAGAAGAGGACAACACAUUGAAAGGGGAUCUUUCACUAAACCUGCAGAAACCUGUUGGCUCGGAAUAUUCUGGAAUCUACACGUGUGCCUUCUCAGCAGCGAAGGCGCGGCAUCUGAUCCAGACCCGUGUUGAUAUUACAUCCCCCAGGCAGGGGAAAGGUUUUCUUAAUUAUAAUCUGUGGAUGUUGGGUAUCGUCGCAGGAUUGAUUGCUCUUCUCGCAAUCACUUUGGUUAUAAAACGAUACAGAGCAAAAUUAAAAAGAAAUCACGAAAACGCUGAAGAGGAUGCGGAAAUGCAAAGCAUGAAUUUAGCCAAAACAUCGGAAGAGCCACAAGCAGAAAGUAAACUUACGACAGAGCCUUCGGGUUCUCACAGUUAACCGUGGAGAGAAGAAAGAAGAAUAUUAUAAGAGAGAAACCAGUGUGAAAUAUAAGUUGGAAGACCAAUUGAUGGGACUUUAUUUCUAUGCAGUCUGAGUAUUUGUGUGAACAAAAUGUCAUUUAGAAGAAACCGAAUACAUUUCUUGUACUUUAAUUUAAUAUUUUUCCAUAAUUUAUUGUAAAAAAGGAGAAAAUAUUAUUAAAAAUAAAUCUUAUUAUUUAUCAAUAAAUUCCCAUAAAUCUCA